AUGGUUGACGUUACUGUGGGGCAGCUACAUGGAUACAGAACUUGUAUUGAGAAAGAAAAGAGAGCUUUGUUGGAGUUCAAGACAUACAUGAUCUCAAUAUUAGUGAAGAAGGAGAAUCCGACUAUGUUCUCCCUUCUUGGACUAAUGACGCGAAGAGCGAUUGCUGUCAUUGGGAGGAAAUUAAGUGCAAUCGUACAAGCGGACGGGUGA